AUGGAUCUCCAGAAGGUGAUGUCCCAGAUGAUUCUGCUCCUGCUUUUCCUUUAUCUGUCGCCGCUGGGAGGUCGCUCUCAUCCUCUGGGAAGUCCUAGCCAGUCUCCAGAACAAUUCAAGAUGCAGAAGCUACUGGAGCUGAUAAGUGAAAAGUCAGAGGAAAUGGCUCAGAGACAGCUCUCCACGGACCACGGCCUCACAAAAGAACCUCUCAAAAGAGUCCUUCGGUCUCAAGACAGCACCCUCCGGGUCCAGCAGAGACCUCGAAAUUCCAAGGCGAUGCAUACUUCAAGCUGCUUUGGGCACAGGAUAGACCGGAUCGGCUCUGUCAGUCGUUUGGGCUGUAAUGUGCUGAAGUUUUAUUAGGAAGACCUCCUGACUGCAGGAAAACCUCGUGGCUGCAGACUCCGGCUUCUGACUCUACCUGGGGCUCUUUUCCCCAGCUCU